AUGCAGUGGAGAUUAGCUUGCCCCCGGGCCAGUCCAAAGGCGCACCUGAUCGGCCCGGGCAGCGUGUUCGGACGUCCAGCCGUCAGGACGGCCAUUGGCACCUCGCAGUUGUUGCUCGCCCGUCUUCCAUCAUUUCAAUGCAGCAGUUCGAGCUUGCCGCUCCCGCCGUCUUAUUCAGCACAGAUCCAGGGCAGGCGCACUUUUCAUACGUCUGUGACCACCCGGCGAAGGACAGUAGACUACCUUCUGGCCGACGUCGGGGAGGGCAUCACUGAAUGCGAGAUCAUCAAAUGGUUUGUCGAGCCGGGAUCGACGGUGGAAGAAUUUGACGUAUUGGUCGAGGUGCAGUCGGACAAAGCCUCUGUUGAAAUCACCUCUCGCUACGCCGGCAAGGUUACGGAGCACUGCUACAAGGUGGGCGAAGUGGCCAAGGUGGGAAGCGCCCUCUGCAGAAUCGAGAUGGAGGGCGAGGUGGCGCAAGAGCAAGAACAAGCCACGGAUGAUGCGCCUGCCGGGCAGAAGCAGCAGGAGCAACAGCAGGAGCCAGAAGGUCUGGGGAGCAGACGCGUGAGCGAGAGCGACGAGGCUGCGAGGCCUGACCAAAAGAUUUCGGCGAUGAACCAUUCCAAGCUGGCCACCCCAGCCGUGCGGAGAAUCACUCGGGAACACAACGUCGACAUUGGUCAGAUCCAAGGCACGGGAAAGGACGGUCGCGUCACAAAGGACGACGUGCAUUCAUACGUGCAGCAGCGCUCGUCUUCGCCAGAGACUGAGGGUGCGCGUCAAAGUGCGGCGGGACCGACAGUUGCAAGAGAGACUGCAGCAGAGAACGACGUGGUAGUGCCGCUGUCCUCGAUGAGAAGAGCAAUGUUCAAAGCCAUGACGUCGACGUGGACAAUUCCUCACUUUGGCUAUUCGGACGAAGUUGAUGUGACACAGUUGGAUGCGAUUCGGAGGCAAGCUCAGGCUUCGUCUCAAGCCUUGGGCAGCUCUGGAAUCGCCGACGACGACGAGGGACCAACGACGAGGCUGACGCUGCUGCCAUUGCUCAUCAAGGCCAUGUCGCUUGCCAUGCGCGACUUUCCCCUCUUUAGGUCUCAACUCGAUGUAAGCGGCGAGAAGCUACACCAGCGAUCUUCGUGUGACAUCUCGAUUGCCCUUUCGACCGAAAAGGGUCUCUUGACGCCGACGAUUGCCGAGGCCGAUGCGCUCUCGACGCUCGACAUCGCCAAGCAUAUCGCCAGCCUACAGAGUGCCGCCGCGUCGUCGGGUGGCAGUCUCUCGCGGAGCCAGCUUGGCCCAGCCAGGGGUGGGACCCUGACCAUGUCCAAUAUUGGGUCAGUAGGCGGCACAGGUGCUUCGCCGCUCAUUCCACCGACGGGUCAGCUGGCCAUUGGUGCCCUAGGCAGAGCUAGGUAUCUGCCUCGCUACUCAGACGGAGGUCGUGGCAACGAUAUCGUAAAGAGACUCAUACUCCCAGUCGCUUUCACGGCCGAUCAUCGUGUCGUCGAGGGCGUUGAGCUGGCCAGGCUUGUGGACAAGUGGAAGAGACUCGUAGAGGAGCCAGGCCUGUGGAUGGUCAACAUGAGGUAG